CCAUCAGGCACAAAAAAGCAAGAUUCGUCUCUGCAGAGGCCGACAAACACUUGGCCUGGCAAACCAAAACAACAAGCAAACAAAUUUGCAAGGCUUGGGUCACUUAGCCCAGGCAAUCAAUCCAGCAAGUAAGCCUCACCUGCACGUGUCAGCAGAGCGAACGAGCUCGUAGAGUGUGGGGUAAUUCCAAUUCUUGUUGCAUGGCACAGUCAGUCAGUCAGUCAGUCAGUCAUGUAGCUACUGCACACUGCAUGGCACAUGCAAGCCUGGAACUGGAACCAAACCAAACCAGACCAGAAGCGGCGGAUGUCAUCCAUGUCAUGUCAACGACUGCCAGAUACCACCCUGACUAACUACCAGACUUCGACUCCAUUACCUAGUCAUGUGUGGUACGCACAUUCAAGAACUCCAACUCCACCUCGGGGAGAACCACCUCCAGAACCCCAGGGCUGCCAAUCCAAACCCCCAGUUUCGAUCCCAACCAGGGAAACCUAUGUAGAUACUGUGCCUGAAUCACCGACCUGUGCCCUGCAUCACCCCAAGCUUAACCCCUCCCCUCUUCCUCCUUCUUGCUGCUCAGUUCGCCGACUGGGGAAGGGAAGGGAUGCACCUGCACAUGCCUCACAGCCCACCAAGACAAUCAAACAGCAAGCAUCUCUGGCAUCUGUCCUGCAUAUCGUUUCCCCUUCCGAGAUACGAGACAUGACAGCGCAUGUGGCAUGGCAUGAGCAUGGCAUGUACUGGACCGUACGCGCGGUGGCCGUCUCCGUGUGAAUUAUUCGGCAGUGCAACCAACCCAGGCAACCCAACCCCUCUGUGUAACAUCACGCAGAACUGCGGUAUGCUUAUUUCACGACUCGCGCAAAUCAAAGCUUAGCAGGCGGUGUACUCCGUCGGUGGAUUGGAUUGACAGCCGGAAAAAGACACCAGGAUACCCGACAUCAGGUCGUCCUACCCCUCC